CCCUUGCCGGGAAACAGACACUAAAACAUGGCAAAAACGUCAAAGGUUGGUAUGGACAUUGGAUUUUCUCCAUAUCUUUUUCUGACAAAAACAGCUGCCUAAAAGGUUGUGGAAAAUUACAUCUUCACUGAUAAGGAAAGAAUUCAGCAAAGCUCACUGCCCUCUUCUUCUUCUUUUACAAUUUUCUUUCCACUAUAAAAGUGGCCAGAAAAACCCUUCAUUAAGCUUCCCACUUGUAAAUUUGAUAACAUAACACCAAAAAAACGAUCUUUUUGCUUCAUCACUCCAUCAAAGUGCUGGUAAUCUCUUUUAAUUUGCUCUUUAAGCAAGUUAUUGAGCUCUUUUUCAUUGCUCUUUGUAUUCCAGUAAUUGGGGCCAUUGUAUCGGUCUGAUUGUUUCUUUGAUGGGUUUUUGUUUGCUAUCUGGGUUCUCUUGAUUUUGCUUUUUCUGUAAUGGGUUUCUUCAGAAAUUUGAUUUGCUGCAAAUUUUCAGCUUCAAAUUUGAGAACUCUGGAAUUUAGUUGCUGAAUUGCUGAUUAUCUUUAAUGUAGGUUGGCAAUAGUGCCAAAUUUUAGCUAAAUCAAGCGAUUUUGAUUGUUUGGUGCUAAAACAUCAUAUUAGGGGAAUUGUAUGCCAAGAUUUUAUUGGGGGGGAAUUUGCAUGUGGUGUUUGGCAUUUUGAUUUUGCUGCAUAUUAUGGAAUCCUGGUGCUUUGAUUCACUAAAUAAGGGUUUUGUAUCAGAUGAAACAAUCUCACCAUCUGAUUCUAUUAUUAGAAACAAAAGUGUAUUAAUGGGAUGGGAAUUCAAGCCCUCUUUUAGCUAUGAGGAUAGUAUGUUAGUCUCUAGUCAACAAUCCGUCGAAAAUGGUUGUUUUCCUGAAGUGGGUAUUGCAGAAAUGAUAAGAAAACAAUGUCCUCACGAUUCAACAAGGAAUGUGUUAGAGGAUAAUGGUAGUAUUGGAGAUUUGUAUAGUCCCAGUUUGGUCACUUCUAAUGUCAUUUCUGGAAAUGAUGAAUCGAGUUCUAAAUUUUCAAGCUCGGUUAUGGACUCGAGUAGCCGAGAAUCAUCACUAAUUGAUUUGAAAUUGGGUGGAUUUGGUGAUAUACCAAACUCUAAUUCAAUUAGAACAGCCCAUGUUUUAUCUUCAGCUGAGUCUUCAACACUACCAAAAAGGGCUCGAGUAACAAGCUUGAGCUCUCAGGCUGCAUAUUGUCAAGUUUAUGGCUGCCAUAAAGACCUCAGUUCCGCGAAAGCUUACCACAGGAAGCACAAAGUUUGUGAUGUUCAUUCGAAAACUUCUAAAGUUAUUGUUAAUGGUAUUGAGCAGAGGUUUUGUCAGCAAUGUAGCAGGUUCCAUUUGCUGGGUGAAUUUGAUGAUGGUAAGAGAAGCUGCCGUAAGCGACUUGCAGGUCACAAUGAAAGGAGGAGGAAACCUCAAGUAGGCUUUAGUGGUAGAAGUGGGAGAUCAUAUCAGUCAUACACUGGAAGCAAUUUUCAGGGGUUUACACCAACAUCAACAUCCUUUAUUUGCCAAGAUAUACUUCCAAGAGGCACUUCCCAAUCAGACACAUAUGGAACAAAUGAUUGGGUUAAGCAUAUAAAGGUCGAGGAUGGAACAGGAUAUGCUCAGAAGCAGUUCCCUUUCAUUGACAACACAAAUAACAGUGAAUCACAAAUCGCUGCUGGCGAGAAUGUCAGUCAAUAUACACACGAAUUAGUCUCACGUUCCUUGUAUCAAAGAAACUCACCAAGGAGUGAAGACUUGGAACUUUUGGAUGCAGCAUCAACCAUUCAAGGAUUACCAGGAAUAUCAGAAACCGGUUGUGCUCUCUCUCUUCUGUCAUCUCAAUCAAGAAAUUCUUCAGGUCAAUCAUCAACAAUGCCUGGAGAUCACCCUUUAAUUAUACCAAGCAGUAGUUCACACUAUAGUGUGAGCGAAGUCUCUGAAAAAAUAUUCGGAGAUGGCACGCAGGCUUUGACAUAUGGAGAUCAAAACAGUAUGAUUAGCAUUAAUUCUAUGGGAAGAUAUCAACCAAGUUCCAUGUUAGCGCUUACUAAUGGUGAAGCUGCACACUUUGGAAACGAGAUACACCACAAUUCCAAUUAUAUGAACUUGAAGGAUCAUUUGUUGUGUGAAGAUGGGACUACUAUUGAUUUGUUUCAGUUGUCAUCUCAACUGCAACGAGUGGAAAACCAGAAGCUAUCUGAACCUCUGAAGCAGGAAACCGAAGGUUUUUGCUCUCUUAGAAUGACAUGAGAGACCAAAACAUGAGGGUCAAAGCGGUUUUGAAGCAAGACAACUCACAUAAUAAUGUUAAUUAGCCUGCUUAUUGGGAGGCUCACAUUAUAAUGUGGCUGAAUCAACCAAAUGAAAAAGCAACAAUAGACUGGUUUUGAUGCAAAACCCAAAUUCAGGGGAAAAGAGGAGUAAUUAAGGUCGUUCCUAUUAUAAUUUGCAUUUUACAACCAAUUUCACAGUCUGUAUCAAAUAGCUCAAGCCCAUUGUAUAAUGCAGGACAUGCAUCUUUCUUUGAUUUU